AUGGAGACACAGUACGAUAUCCAAGGAGGUGCCAUACCUGGGGGUGUGACACCCGAGGACAUGCAAUACCAGAGGAAGCACAACACCCAAGGAGAUGCAACACCCAGAGGGGUAAUACCCAGACAGGAGGGUGGCCAACCCCUGUGCCUCCAGUGCCAUGGGGGCUCCUCGGGGCCACCUGGAGGCAGGGCCAGCCCGACGGUGUGGCUGGCCAUGGGCUCUGGGGUGGUGGGCAGAGCGGGCACCGGCGUGGACAACGUCGACGUGGAGGCAGCCACCAGGAAGGGUGUCCUGGUCAUGAACACACCCACUGGGAACAGCCUCAGCGCCGCCGAGCUCACCUGCGGGAUGAUCCUGUGCUUGGCCAGGCAGAUCCCACAGGCAGCUGCCUCCAUGAAGGAGGGCAAGUGGGACCGUAAGAAGUACAUGGGCAUGGAGCUGAACGGAAAGACGCUGGGCGUGCUGGGGCUGGGGCGCAUCGGCAGGGAGGUGGCCACCCGCAUGCAAGCUUUUGGCAUGAAGACCAUAGGCUAUGACCCCAUCAUCACCCCCGAAGCCUCGGCUGCCUUUGGCGUGGAGCAGCUGCCGCUGGAGCAGAUCUGGCCCCGCUGUGACUUCAUCACGGUGCACACGCCGCUGCUGUCCUCCACCAUGGGGCUCCUGAACGACAGCACAUUUGCCAAGUGCCGCCGUGGUGUGCAGGUGGUAAACUGUGCCCGCGGCGGCAUCGUGGACGAGGGUGCGCUGCUGCGGGCGCUGCAGUCGGGGCAGUGUGGCGGGGCCGCCCUUGAUGUCUUCACGCAGGAGCCCCCAAAGGACCGCGACCUGGUGAACCACCCCAACGUCAUCUGCUGCCCGCACCUGGGUGCCAGCACACGGGAGGCACAGAGCCGCUGUGGCAAGGAGAUCGCCAUGCAGAUCAUGGACAUGGCCACGGGGAAGGGGCUGGCUGGCAUAGUCAACGGGCAGGCUCUCAGCAAGGCUUUCACACCCCAGACCAAGCCCUGGAUCGCCCUGGCCAGGGCCCUGGGCACGGUGCUGCACACGGUGGGCAAGCAAGUGCAGGGCAGUGUGCAGGUCUGCACCCUAGGGACACCCCUAUGGGAGGCCGGGAGCUACCUGAUGCCCGCUGUGGCCACGGGCAUGCUGGCUGGAGGGGCACAGAAGGAGGUGACCCUGGUGAACGCCCUGCUGCUGGCCCAGGAGGCUGGGCUGAAGGUCACAACCACCCAUGGCGACAUGGCCCCCGAGCCCGAUGGCAGUGCCGGCUUGCUGCAGGUGGCCCUGCAGGGCACCCCACACCGGGCAACGGGGAUGGUGCAGGGCAGCACCCCAGUGCUGCGGGAGCUCAAUGGGGCCACCUUCAAGCAGCCAGCCCCGCUGACCGGCCCUAUCCUCAUCUACAGAACUAAAGCCUCCGAGCCCAGCGCGCUGCCUACGCUCGCUGGACUGCUGGGGAAGGUGGGGGUCCACCUCCAGUCCUAUCACAGCUCCGGCAUGGUGGCGGGGGAGCAGUGGAGCGUUGUGGGGCUCUCGGCCCCCCUGUCCAACCUUGGCGAGCUGAAGCCACGCGUCAUGGAGGUCUUCCAGCUCCACCUGUAG